AUGUUCUCUGGACUUCUCAACGACAUCGGCGGCAUGCCCCCAAGGACAGCCAGGCACGCUGCUGCUCCUAUGGACGCGCCUCCCAUGAUGAGUCCCCAAUUCGAUGAACAUGAACCAGUAGUAAACACCACCAACAACGCGUCCAGCGGCAACGGCGGCGGCAUCAAAGACGAAUACCGCAUCCCCGGCAAAGAACCCUCAUCAGCAAUCCAAACAUUCACCAUCUCCGACGAAGAUGGCAUGGACAUAUCCUGCCAAUCCCGAGGCUCAAACUUUUCAGCUCCAGACUCGACCGUUCUAAUCUUCACACAUGGCGCGGGCGGCGGCCUCGAAAAUCCAGCGACUUCCCUGUUCGCCGAUGGCUACGCCGUAUCAGGACCCGUAGUCUGCUUCCAGGGAACCAUGAACCUACAAUCACGCGUCAAGGCUUUCGAGACCGUGCUCUCUAACCUCCAGGCUGAAGAGCCGAGACAGACGUUCGCUGUCGGUGGUCGUAGUCUGGGUGCUCGGGCGGCCGCUAAGCUGGCUCAGACACAUGAAGAGGUUAAGAAGCUUGUGCUAGUGUCGUAUCCGCUGAUUAGUCCUAAGGGAGAUAGACGGGAACAGCUUCUGCUCGACUUACCACGAGACAAGGAGGUUCUCUUCAUCAUUGGGUCCAAGGAUACGAUGUGCGAGAUUAGUGAUCUGCAGCAAGUCCAGAAGAGAAUGCAGGCCAGGUCGACUUUGGUUAUUGUUGAAGGUGGUGACCAUGGCAUGAAUCUGCUUGGCUUGAAGGGUUGGGAGAAGAUUCAAGCGGUGGAGAAUCAGCGGAGGCUGACUGGAACCAGAGCUGCGGAAUGGGUGUUAAGCUCUGCUCCUGUCAUGGACGGUUCGUAUCUGGUAGAAAGUGCGAAUGGGAAAGGAUCAGGUAUGAAGCGCAAGUCGAAGAAUACCGAGCUUUACGCAGAUAAUGGCGAGGUAACUGGGGAAGCACCGCAAGGCACGAGAAGCAAGAGGCAGAAGAAGUCGUGA